GUUUCCUUUUUAAAGAAAUUUUAGACUGUUUGCUCCUUUAACUAAUGCCCUUAGGCUAGUGAGACAAUACUUGACGGCGUCCCGUUGUGUGACAGUUGACGUACCGUGAAUAAAAGGCCCAGCAAGAGCAGUGCCUGCCGUGAAGGUGUACCCGCGGCGGCGGCGGCGGUGCUGUGUGGAUUACAGUGAAGGGUCGUCACUGGUGGCGUAGUGAAGGCGUAAUGGCUUGGAAGGCGCCAGGCAGGGCACGGCUGCUGCCUCUGGCUCUGUUCUCUGGGCACUUGGUGAAACUCGAGGAAAUGACUGAAAAUUUGUUAUCCACGGCACGGACACUCCCUGAUGAUGAAACAUUUAUAUAGGAUUACGACAGGACUGAGGGGCUGCUCAGCCCGGAUGGUUUCCACCAGUCCCCCUGCUGGUUGGCUGUCAGGGGUGACCUCAGCAGACUGGAAGGAUUACCUGGAACAUUUCUCAUCUCAACAAGAUUCAAGAAAUUUGAGAAGAGCACUGAGGAAGAGUUAAGAGUUUAGAGCUCUUGGUGCACAGUCUUACCUAGGAUGGAGUGUGAGGUUUGCCUGGAAUAUUACAACGAGGGUAAGCGUCUGCCAAGGAGCCUCAGCUGUGGGCACACCUUCUGUACCCAGUGCCUGACCCAGAUCAUAAAGCGUGGCCCCCUCAGGUGUCCCUACUGCCGCGCCCACCACAGGGGCAUUGUUCUGUGUCCUGCCGACCUCCCACUUCAUGAAGAACUGACAAGACAGUUGGCAGAAACAAGAGCAGACACUCAAACAGGCGACUCCACAGAGACACAACAGCUAAACGUACUUAAACUACGAGAAGAUGUUAGGAAGGCGAGCACAAAUGGACAACCCUUGUGGACCCUGCUGGCAACACAGGGUGGACAGACGCGCCACUCCCAUGUCAGCCUCCUCAACAACCGCCUGCACCUCCAUGUACUGGUGGAUGGACAGCCUCCCUCAGGGCCUCAGACAGUCCCAUACAACCAAAUACAGGACUUGCAGGACGAGGAUUUCAGCACAGUGUUCUUUGACGUGACUCUGCAAGGCAGUUAUCGAGGCCGUGUGUACAUGGUGCUGCUGGACAACGAAGGAAGAACACGCCAGUUCAAGGCACUGUGCACGGGGAGCCUUGGACCGUCUUACCUCAGGACUCGCUUCCUGGAGGUCUCACGUAAGGGCACCUCGGGGGAGCAGGUCUGGGGUGGUGACUAUGAACAAAAUGAUGGCACUGGAGGAUCAGCUCUCCCUGGGAUGGAUCGAGGCGCAAGGAACAACCAGGAUGUGGUGGCAGGCUUAGUUGCUGGGUUCUAUUUCCAUGGCUAUGGUCAAGACCGCAACCCUUCUCAUUUUGGAAUAUACACAAGGGACAUGCCAGGGUAUGUUGAAAUGUCCGCCAUGGGCAGAGUGAUUGAGGGAAUGGAUGUUCUCACCAGUAUUGUUAGCCUUGAGGACACCCGAAGCGCCUUCAUCUCUGAUUGUGGCCUCCUCUUAAGUCACUAAGAAUUUAGUGUUGUUGUUUGUAUCUUAGAUUUCCAGAAAAACUGAUUCUAAUCAUGUGUUGUGUGCUAAGCAUUGGUUUCAUGUACUAUAUACUUUAGUUUUCUCCCCUGGAUGCCCUUCCUGCUGGCAACCUCUCGGCCAGCUAAAUGGGCUUGAGAGCACCCCAAGAGUCACAAUUCAAUAGUCAUUCCACAUGGUGCAUGAGAGUUAAUAUUGUCAACUUUGAUGUUCCUGCACUUGUUGGCAACAUGGUAGCAUCAAAGUUUUGAUGAAUACUCUAAUAAACAAUUUUGAAAAUAUCUAAUAGGUGAGCUAAGAAACACCUUUACAAGUAAAUGGUUAAACUGACCAAUUACUAGUCAUCGUGUAAGGGAAAAGAAAAUAAAGAAUGUGGACUAGAGAUAAAAGAUAUGGGAAGAAAGCAUCUGUAGCCACCAGUACUGUGUAACGUUUGUCCAGCAGAAAUAAAUGUUUUGUUUUCCCCUUACUGUCAGGAGCUGGGUUAUUUUAUUGUAGAGUGCUCAUGCCUGCAGAGUUUGUGAAGUUUGCGAUUGGCUGUUUUGCCUCUCCGUACAUAAAGAGUAUUUGCUUCUGCUGGGUCCUAGUCUUAUAGGUAUUGCUGGUACUGAAUAUGUUAACUCUGGUUUAUUCAACUGCUGUGUCAGGAUCCCCUCGUGUCAAAUAACAGCUGUUGACUGUUUUCUCCCUUUUAAUUUCUUUAUACUUGGCAGUUGGCAAUCCUUUUAGUCUCACUUUUCAGGCAGCAAGCCUCAUACAGUUAAAUAAUCCAUCUCCCUGAGGUCACAUCCCCAUCACAAGAGCAGGCUGUGGCAGACUACAUUCCCACAUACACAGUGUAAUCAGGCCACCUCUCUCAUCUCUCAGUGUUAACAGCUGCAUUUCUUUUAAAUUUUCUUCAUGUUUGGUCCUCCAUUUCUGGUAUACCAACUUGGAGGCUGUUCUUUGUCUUCUCUCCAGUUUCUUCUUCAUAACAUUAUCCAGGUAAUGAAAUGCCAUUUUUAUAUUCCUUUAACAUACUGUAUGCAUAUCUCCAAAUGUAUUGUUUAUAUUUUUUUUUGGUGACAAAUCAUCCUGAAUUACCAUCACCAGGCCCUUUCCCUCUUUUUCUCUUGCUAUUACAUCCCCCAUUUUGUUGGUGUCUGUAGGUCUUAUUUCACUUUUCCUCAUUUCCAGAACGUGGCACAACUUUACAUUGAAUUACAUUUCCAAGUUACAGUUCAUUCAUAUAUUUUGUCGAUGUCUGUCUGCAACUCCUCACAAUCCUUCUGGGUUCUUACUUUUCUCAUUAAUUUUGCAUCAUCUCCCAACAGGCUCAUGUAACAGUUCACUCCUUCUGGCAAGAUUAAUAUAGAUUAUAUAUAAACAUAAACAGUGCCACCCCUGAACCCUGAGGCACUCCACUAGUCACUCCUCCAAUUUGAUCUUUUGUCUCUCAUCACAGUGCUCAUUUCUCUUCCUUCCAAAUAGUCUUCCAUCCAGCUUUUUACUUUCCCUUUCAAACCUCUUAGUGUCUUCCAUUGUCCAUGUGUGGAACUUAAUCAUAAGCCUUUAUUUAGAUCCAGAUAUAUGCAAGCUGCCCAUCCAUCCCUUUCCUGUGUUUUAUCUAGUACUCAAGUAGAAACUGUAACACAUGAUCAUCCUCUUCUAAAGCCAAACUGCUUAUUUGUUUAUUCUCUUUUCAAAUAUUUAAUCCAUUGUUUCUUGAUUACUCUCAUAUUUCACAUAUGAUGCUUGACAAAGAUACUGGAGUUUAAUCUAAUGACUCUUCUUUGCUUCCACUUUUGCAAAUUGAAAUUAUAUCUGCUCUCUUCCAUUCUUCCAGGAUUUUCCCCGUUUUUGUUUUGAUCAUCUGUUGGCUACACUCUUUUAGGAUGUGCCCUGAAAACCCAUUGAGGCUGGUUGCCUUUCUUUCCUCUAAGGUCCUCAUCAUCUCAUCUCUCCUCAAUUCACUUUCAUUUCACCCAUCCCUAUUGUUUCUUCCUCUUUCUAGAUUUAUAAAAAUUGAUUCUCCUAUAACACUGGAAAUUUUCACUCGGAAUCUCACUCAUUUCUCUCGCCUCUUCAUAUAUUAUAAAUUUUCACUCGGAAUCUCACUCAUUUCUCUCGCCUCUUCAUAUAUUGGAAAUUUUCACUCAGAAUCUCACUUAUUUCUCUCGCCUCUUCAUAUAUUAGAAAUUUUCACUCAGAAUCUCACUCAUUUCUCUCGCCUCUUCAUAUAUUGCAUUAUUCACUUUCAAACGGGUUACACUCUCUUUAUUUCUUAUUUUUUUGUUUUAAUAUUUACAGAAUAGUUCAAGAGUCCAUCUUACACCUGUUGACAAUAUCUUUUUCAUGUUCCUUUUCUUCUUAUCUUCACGUAAUGAUUUUUUGCCAGUUUAUAUUUUUCUUUGUUUCUCUGUCAUGUGCUUCCUCAUUCUCUUCCAUGCUUUAUCCCUUAUCUCCUUUGCCCUUUCACACUUCCCAUUAUAGCCUUCCCCAUGUGUGUGUUUCCUGGCAGUGAAUGGGUAUUGGGUGUGAGUCGGGGGUUGUGUCUCGCCCCCCAGGUGUGAUGUGAGGACCCAGCCGUGCCCUCACUGUGCAGCUCUAAGCUCUUCAGGGAGGGUGCUGGUGAAUUAUACCAUGGUGAAUGACACUCAUAACACCCUCUAAAUGACUUGUGACUUUAAUUUUACAAAUGAAAGCCUUACAUCCAUUUAAACUAAACAGUUGAAAGUCAGUUGCUAAUGGUCCAACUGAAUUUUGGUAAUGUGAAAAGCCUAUCAUUAGGUUUAUAAUGUCAAAUACUCAGUAAAUUCUUGGAAGUCACAAUUAUAUAAUAUAAGAUGUUUGAGUAGGAUUUAACAAAUGUAUCAAAACAAAUUAUAUUUAUUUUAUCACAAGUACUUAAUAUAUAAUUAUUAAAUGUUUGCAAAUAAAUGUUUUACUAA